GCUGGGCUUGCCGCCAUUUCCCGCUUUCCAAACCGCCGGAAGCGGAACCCGCCAGCCCGCCCUUCGUGGACCGGCGCCUCAGGUCACCUGUCCGGGCGGAAACCGGGCACCACUCAGCCGAUCCGGCCUGGGGCGCUCGGGAUGGGGGCUGCGGGGCCGCUGGAUUGUCACUGCCACCUCGCGGCGCCGGACUUUGAGCGGGAUAUUGAGGACAUAUUGGAAGAAGCAAAGAAGGCUAAAGUUUUGGCCCUUGUGGCAGUUGCUGAACACUCAGGAGAAUUUGAAAAAAUUAUCCAGCUUUCAGAAAGGUACCCAGGGUUUGUCUUCCCAUGUCUGGGAGUUCAUCCAGUUCAAGGUAUUCCCCCAGAGGAACAAUGCAGUGUUACUUUAAAGGACCUGGAUGCUGCAUUGCCACUUAUAGAACUCUAUAAAGAUAGAUUGUUGGCAGUUGGAGAGGUUGGACUAGAUUUCACUCCCAGAUUUGCCAGCACAGAUGAACAGAAGCAAGAACAAAGACAAGUCUUGACCAAACAGAUUCAAUUAGCGAAAAGACUGGAUUUGCCUUUAAACGUCCAUUCUCGUUCAGCUGGAAGACCAACCAUUAACCUCCUAAAAGAACAAGGCGCUGAAAGGGUGUUGCUCCAUGCAUUUGACGGGAGGCCAUCUGUGGCGAUGGAAGGAGUGAAGGCUGGAUAUUUCUUCUCUAUUCCUCCUUCCAUUAUAAGAAGUGAACAGAAGCAGAAGCUUGUGAAACAGUUGCCCUUAGAAUGUAUGUGCUUAGAAACCGACUCUCCUGCACUAGGUCCUGAAAAACAGGUGAGAAAUGAACCAAAGAAUAUUCUCAUUGCUGCAGAGUAUAUUGCCAAAAUGAAAGGAAUCCCAGUGGAAGAAGUUAUACAAGUGACGACACAGAAUGCACUGAAAGCGUUUCCCAAACUUCAGAAAUGUCUCUUGAAAUAGACCAAGAAAUAUUUAAAAUUUGCAAUUACAUUAUGUCCCAACAGCUAACAUGUGCAAUAAAAAAAAAUCUGUCUGUCCUGCAUAA